AUGGCGGCGUACGGAGGCAGUUUUGAAAGCGCUGUUAGCAUCGAGGAGAGAAAGGCAUUUAAACGGGAAGCCAGAGAGGAGAUUCUCCAUCAGGCUAAGCAGAAGUAUGAGGAGGAGGAGCAGAGGAAGGCGCUGAGGAAGGCGCGUGGAGAGGACACCUGGAUGCUCCCAGACGUAGACCAGCGACUGCAGCAGUUGGGUCAGGAGAACUCUGACAAGAAGAAGAAGAGAGAGAAGAAGUCCAAAAAAAGCAAGAGGGAAAAGAAAAAGAAAGUGAAAAAGGAGAAGAGGAAAAAGGCUUUAGAUAGCAAUGCAUCCUCCGACAGUACUGGGGAAGAAGAGGAGGAAGAGUGGGUGGAGGCUUCACCCCUUGCGGAAUCUGGAGGGAACGCUUGGAAGAUUCCUGAUGAGGCCACGCCCACUGCCAGCUCAGCCAAUAGCAACCAGAGAGAUGAGUGGAUGACCUUUGACUUUCUGACAAUGAGGACCACGUCCACCGCUGAACGAAGGGCCGAUAAGGAGAGAGAGAAAGAGGCAAUUCGAGAGAAGACACAGGCCAUAGAACAGGCUGGCCUACACAAGCUGGAGUUGAAUCCGUUCUGGAAGGAGGGUGGGACUGGCCUGCCCCCAGAGGACAGAACUGGAGCUGCAGUCAAAAAAGCAUCUGUGGUGGAGGAUGGCGGUUUGAGUUGGCUGAGGAAGUCGUAUCAGAGAAUGAAAGAACAGGCGGAGAGAGAACAGCGCAGCCUGGACACUGUGGUGGCUGAGAGAUAUGGGUCCGUGGAGGAGUUCCAGCGGAGACUACGGGAGGCAGAGGAGGGUGCAUCCGGAGGGGGGAGAGGACCGCGUCGGACCACAACUUCACCACAUUUGGGGCGUGAUCGCGAACAGCGUCAGGAAGAAAGUAGAGAUCGGGGUUCGGAACGCCGUCAUGAAGAGAGGAGAGAUUGGAGUUCGGAACGCCGUCGGGAAGAGAGGAGAGAUUGGGGUUCGGAGCGUCAUCGGGAAGAGAGGAGGGAUCGGGAUAGGGAACGCCAUCAGAAACCGGGGAGAGACCAAGGAAGAGACUGGGACAGAAAUAAGGACAGAGACCAUCUCCAUGACAACCGUAGCGUUCCAGAGCAGGAAAGGAGAUCCAGGAAUGAGAAAGGCAGAUGGGAGGAGGAGCAGAAUUCCCAGUCCUCCCUCUCCUCUCUUAAACCCAAAUUCCUCAAACCCUCUGAUACAGUUGACGACCACGGACCUUUCCGUUUGGGAAUGACUCGUGAGGCGGCCCCGGGAUUGUCAAAACAUUCUUCGGCAUUCCAGAAAAUCCACCCUGAUGAUGAUGAUGAUGAUGGUCCUCGUCCCUGGAAAAAGAGCAGCCUCAUCCAGGAAGAGGCAGACAUGACGAUGGAGAACAGGGAACAGCCCCACCCUGCUGUGCCAGCUGAACACAGGCAGUCUGGCGCCGCCCUGCUGGACACAGCUCUCAGCAGCUGCAAGAGUACAGCAACCGAGCUGAGCUCUGACAGUGAGGAGGAGAAAGAAGAGGAAACAGUGUCAGUCCUGAGCGAUGAUGAGAUGAACAAACUGGGAGCUAAACUGGUGAAGGCGGAGCUUAUGGGGAACACGACUCUGGUGGAGAAACUGAAAGCCCAGCUGCGUGAUGCUCGUAAAGCCAAAGAGAAUCACACUGUGAGAGCAACUGUAAAGUCAGACAGAAUGGUAUCUGAGAGGGUGGCAGAUGAGGAAGAGCUGCUGCUGUUCAGAACAGACCAAUCAGGAUGCACAUGGCCAGUCAACGCCCCCUCUCAACCUGUGGAGCCAAGAGGCGGACGAAGGAAAAGACAGGCGAUACAGACCCAUGAGGACGGGAAACGUGUUCGAUAUUUUGAGGAUGAUGAUGGUGUGGAGAUGAGGGAGCUUGUUCGUAGAGAGAAGAUGACCUCAGCAGCAGACCAGAAUGCACGGUGCUCCCGCAUGCUUACUAAGAUGAUGGGAAGGCAGGACGGGGAAAACUACACACUGGACGACAUGUUUGUGACCAGUGCAGCUCAGAGAGAGCGUUCUGGACAGGAGGAGGAGAGGCAGCGUAGCAGAGCCAUUCAGGAGUCGCGGAGACUCGCCACACAGAUGGAGAAAUGUCCUCACUGCUUCAGCAGUCCACAGCUCUCCAAACACCUCCUCAUCGCCAUAGGAACCAAGGUUUACCUGUCUCUACCUGCCACUGUGUCUCUGACUGAGGGACACUGUCUGAUUACUCCACUGCAGCAUCAUUGUUCAGCAACAGACCUGGAUGAGGAUGUGUGGGCUGAGAUACAGCUGUUCCGCCGUGCCCUGGUGAAGAUGUUUGACAGUCAGGGAUUGGACUGUGUGUUCAUGGAGACUCAUAUAAACCCAAAGAGUCGACGGCACAUGUUGUACGAGUGUGUUCCUUUACCCAGAGAACUGGGGGACAUGGCGCCCAUUUACUUUAAGAAAGCGAUACAGGAAUCAGAUGAGGAGUGGGCCAUGAAUAAGAAGGUGGUGGAUCUGUCAGCAAAGGACAUCAGACGAUCGGUACCCAGAGGUCUGCCCUAUUUCUCAGUGGACUUUGGGCUGCAGGGAGGUUUUGCUCACGUCAUUGAAAACCAACAGAUGUUUCCGCACUAUUUUGGAAAGGAAGUCCUUGGAGGGAUGUUGGACCUGGAGCCGAGGCGCUGGAGAAAACCUCCUCGUGAAAACUUUGACGACCAGCGUAAGAAAGUUCUGCAGUUUGCCCAGUGGUGGAGACGGUUUGAUUGCACCAAAACUAGCAGCUAAAACCCGUGUGCAAAGGCCCCCUGUGGACCUGAGGGCCAUCCUACACAGCAGUCAGGAGUCUGGAUUAGAACAGAAGACAUUAAAAGACUGCUCACUGUUUAUUUAGCAUUGUCUGUUUUAUGUAGUGAAAAGACUUUAAGUUGGCUCGUCACAAUUUUUACCAUAAUAUUGGUAGCAUCAGUGAUGUUUUUAAUAAAUUUGGGUGAAACCAAAUGUGUAUUCAGUUAAAGAACAAUAAAGGAAAAAGUCAGUUAUUAAAUCAAUCAACAGCUGUGUAACAGUAAUUCAAAGGGGAAAAAAGUGAAAUUAUGUAAUGGAUUAAAAACGAAAGUGUUACUUUUGCAAGAACCUGGUUCACAAAGACUUGCACUUACCCAAGACAAAACGCAUGGAGAGAGAGGCUGUCAAUCAUCUGUGGUGACAUAUGAUUGGCUGAAAUAGUACCUGUGCCCUCCUGCCUCCGUCAGACACCGGCCCCUUGUACCUAAGAUAUGUAGUCCAAUCAGAGUCCAGUCACAGACCUCUUACCUUCCACAAGACUCAUCAGAUGGCUGUUUGAUUGGUUCUCUCAUUGCUCAGUGGAAAAACUGAAUUGUCCAUCUGCCUUGACAGCGUGAGGACAGACAGGGUGGGUGAGAGAAACAGAGAAAUGAAACAUGAAAUAAUGGUUGUUUUUUGUUUCCUAUUUUAUACACAUUAUCCAGAUAAUUGACACCAUGUUUUCACAAACUUUACACUGUAAUCACUAUAAUUAUAUAACAAUUACAAAAAUUCCCAUUGUAUCCAGUUAUAAGGGUUUUAAUACUGUCAUUGAACUCUAUCACAGCUAUAAGGG